AUGGCCUACAAUGCUGAGCCAUAUCCCUAUACUUCAAGGAGAAGAGAUGAAUCAGAUUUCAAUCUGAGAGAAUGGCCAGUGAAAGGUAGAGUCAGUAGAGACAAUAACAAUACCAAUUCUAGAAGGUUUUCGGGUUCUUAUAUGAGAAGCUUUAGAGAAGAUUCAAGGUCUCAUAGAUCAAAUAUAACUAUUUCUAGUACUACUUCUUCACCUGGUUACCCUUUUAAAGAUGAAAUUGAUCCGACGACAUAUUCUUUCACCACGGCUCUUAAAGCAUUGCAAGCAAGGGUAAGCUAUAACAGUUGGGAGUGUUUAUCACCAGAAGGGUUUGCUUUGAAUUCAAAAUGGAAUGAAGCAGAAAAGUAUAUAUGCAAUCCACUUUCAGGAGAGGUGCCAAUGGAAUGUUUAUCAGCAAAAACUCUUAGUGGAAGAUCGUUUAGAAACUCAACAAACAGAAUCACAAUGUCUGCUCCUCUUGUUUAUUCUUCAAGACAUGUUCAAAUGAAACCAUCCAUUUACACACAUGAUGAUGGUGAUGAUGAUGUUUCUCUUCAAUUUCCAAUUCCAGAAAAGAAGAAAGAUGGAAUGACAAGAGAUGUGGGGACUCAAAGCACACCUCCUUAUCUAAGUUCAAGUAGUCCUAGCCCUACUUCAACACCAUCUAUCAUAGAGAGGUCAAAAACUAGAGAUGUAGAUUCACCUAAUUCAAAUUCAAAUGCUAAAACAAAAUCAGAAGAAGAGGUUGAGGUGAAAGAUAAUUAUGAAACAUGGGAGACAACAAGUGAAAAGAAUGAGUGGAGAAAGAAACAAGAGAAGCAACUUUGCAAGCAAGUAGGAUGCUUUUCAUGGAUGAUGAUGAAAAAGAAAAGACAUAGAGAAAGUAAUAAAGAUGAUAAAGAAAGAACAACAUCUUUUUCACUUAUCACUUCAAAGGGUUGCUAA